UCUGUACAGUUUUUACAGAGUAAACGAGGUCCAGCGGUUUGAAUAUUCUCGUCCGAUCCGCAAGGGAGAGAAAAACCCAGACAACGAAUUUGCGAAUAUGUGGAUCGAAAGGACCAUAUACACAACCGCGUAUAAAUUGCCUGGCAUUUUAAGGUGGUUUGAGGUCAAAUCUGUUUUCAUGGUGGAGAUCAGCCCCCUGGAGAACGCCAUCGAGACCAUGCAGCUGACAAACGACAAGAUAAACAGCAUGGUGCAGCAGCACCUGGACGACCCCAGCCUCCCCAUCAACCCCCUCUCCAUGCUUCUGAACGGCAUCGUGGACCCCGCCGUCAUGGGAGGCUUUGCAAAUUACGAAAAGGCCUUCUUUACAGAGCGGUACCUGCAGGAGCACCCCGCGGCCCACGAAAAGAUCGAGAAGCUCAAGGACCUGAUUGCAUGGCAGAUUCCAUUUUUGGCCGAAGGGAUCAGGAUUCAUGGAGACAAAGUCACAGAAGCACUAAGGCCCUUUCAUGAGAGAAUGGAAGCCUGUUUCAAACAGUUAAAGGAAAAAGUGGAGAAGCAGUACGGAGUCCGGACCAUGCCCUCAAGUCUGGACGACAGAAGAGGCAGCCGUCCCCGGUCCAUGGUCCGGUCCUUCACAAUGCCUUCCUCUUCCCGGCCUCUGUCUGUGGCCUCUGUCUCGUCCCUGUCAUCAGACAGCACCCCUUCCAGGCCGGGCUCCGACGG